UCGUUUUUGGUACCCAGAAAUACCAUCAGAGUGAGAGGUCUGUGGUUGGGCAAGAGGGACGACAAGCCAAGAUGUCUCCGUUUUCAAAGUCACUGACUUGGUCAGGCAGGAGAAUAUUUGCCGCUUGUGUGCGGCAUCAUUCUUCUCUCACAACUGAACUGAUUGAAAACAUGGAUAAGAAAGCAACCUGGGACCGCUUCUACACUGAGAACAGUAGCAGGACACCCACUUUUGAAAACUUUGACUGGUUCUUUGGUUUCAAUGCCGUCCGAGACAUGAUCAUGCCCCUCCUACAGACUAUGUCCCAUCCAGAUGCUGUGCUCCAAGUUCUGGAUAUGGGCUGUGGCACAUCUGCACUAGGGCCCUCUAUUUACAGACACUCUCCUCUGCCUGUUAGAGUCACGUGUGCCGACAUUUCCCCUGUAGCUGUCCGACUGAUGCAGGAGCACGUCCAAGCUCAAGCCGUGUGGCCUCACCACCCGUCGUCUCAGCUUGAGUUUGUCGAGCUGGACUGCACGCAGCUCGACGAGUGCUUUGGCUUGAGCAGCUUGGACCUUAUAGUCGACAAGGGCACCACUGACGCCUUGUUGAGGUGCAAGGAAGGGAGAGGGAAGGCUGGCCUGGUGCUGAAGCAGUGUUUGAAGGUGCUGCGGAGUUCAGGAUCCCUCCUCCAGUUCUCCGAUGAGGACCCUGACGCCAGACUUCUGUGGCUGGAGACCGAGGCUCAGGAUCCGGGGGUGCUGGCGGCGGAUGUCGGGGUGCAGGAGGUUGGGGAGCUACAGGGGGUUUGUUACUACUGCUACCAGGUGACUCCACAACCUGUUGUGUCAAAGUGAUUUUCUACCUCUGGACUGUAAGAAUCUAAAACAAGUAAAUUAUUGAACAUUAUUGCAA